CUAUCACACUAAGCAAUCGUUACAAAUACAAUAACGCUUUAACGAUUGCAAGUUACAAAUCACAAGGCUUCCGUUUCCUUUGGUUUCUUCUUUUGUUUGUUUGCAUCAGCAACACCGAGAGAAGAGCAACCAAACUUUCUUCCAUUUCCAAUGUGAAGAGAGAGAGAGAGCAAUGAAGAUGACUCUAAUGGCUUCGAGGAUUCUGGGUUCGAAAUUGAGACCAGUGGUUGCGCUCCGCAAAUGGGGUUGCUCCUCGUACUCCUCUGCGGCGGCGGCGGCGGAACAAGGCAACAUGGGAGGGUUGGAAGUGUUGGGUCUCAAGGAUUAUGCAGAAUACAGGAGAUCCCUCUAUGGCAAGAUCACUCACAAGGCACUCUUUGUUGAUGCUGUUGGAACUCUUGUCCUUCCUUCUCAACCCAUGGCCCAGAUAUAUAGGAAUAUUGGGGAGAAGUAUGGAGUGGAGUACUCAGAGGAUGAAAUAUUGCACAGAUAUAGAAGAGCUUAUGGUCAGCCUUGGGGUAAAUCUCGUCUCAGAUAUGUAAAUGACGGUAGGCCCUUCUGGCAAUACAUAGUUAGUUAUUCUACGGGCUGUUCAGAUUCUCAAUACUUUGAAGAACUUUAUAACUACUAUAUGACAGAGAAGGCAUGGCACCUCUGUGAUCCCGAGGCAGAAGAAGUAUUCAGAGCUCUUAGAAAAUCAGGUGUAAAAUUGGCUGUUGUGUCAAAUUUUGACACUCGAUUAAGACCUCUCCUGCGGGCAUUAAAAUGUGAUAAUUGGUUUGAUGCAGUAGCAGUAUCAGCUGAGGUUGCAGCAGAGAAGCCAAAUCCAACUAUAUUUCUUAAAGCAUGUGAACUAUUGGGCGUAAAACCUGAGGAUGCUGUUCAUGUCGGGGAUGAUCGCAGAAAUGAUAUAUGGGGUGCCAGAGAUGCAGGCUGUGAUGCUUGGCUUUGGGGAAGCGAUGUUCACUCCUUUAAGGAGGUAGCGCAGAGGAUUGGGGUCCAGAUCUGAAAGAUUAUCUCUUUGCAAUAACUUGAAUAAUGUUAUGCAUAUGUAGAAUCCCUUUAGGCUUUAGUUAUAAAGGUGUAAACAUGUUCCGCUCUCUUUGGCAAUGUAUGUAUGUAUCAAAGAGAUGUUAGCCUGUAACUCGUGAAAACCAGAAAUGGAAGGUGUAGGUAGGACCUUUUAUCUUCCCUUAAUCAGAGUUUUAUUCUCCA